GCGAUAUCAGGUUAGGUAGAACUAGGUGCUCAAUGCUUGUAGAGACAUAUGCCGAUGUACAUUUAAAACCAACACAGAAAGACUGUUUGAGGUACUGUUAUAACGAAACUACCUUAUCUCAUGAAAAAAUUUCCUUUUACGAGACUCAAAGUACACGCUAAUUAUGUAAUGGUUAACACAAACCUGUACUUAUUUCUCCGUUUGGGGUUUGCACAGAGCAGUCACCUGAAUCAAAAGCAGUUAUACCCUCCUCGUGUGCUCUCAAUAAUGACCCUUAACCCAAAGAACAUAAGGAAAUGGAACGGCAAAAUUCUCUGACCUCAAUUGGAAGAAUUGUCCAAAUCCUGCUUCACCCUACACCUGCAACAGCAGCACAAGUAAAGAGCAUGUCCUAGUGAGAACCUUACAGAGACAGAUGGGUAUUUCUGCAGCAGUUCUUUCUCUAUGGACCCUGCGGAGGAGUAUAAGAUGGACCACAAGCGGCGAGGCCUGGCUCUCAUCUUCAACCAGGAGCACUUCUUCUGGCAUCUGAAGAUGCCCCCCCGCAACGGGACCAAUGCUGACCGCUACAACCUGGUCAAACGAUUUGAGGACUUGAACUUUGAAGUGCAGGCCUUUGAUAAUCUGAAGGUGGGGGACGUUCUGGAUAAAAUCAGUCAGGCGGCUGAGGCCAACCAUGCUGAUGCAGACUGCUUCGUGUGCGUCUUUCUGAGCCACGGAGAGAACGACCACGUCUAUGCUUUCGACGACAAGAUCGCUAUCCAGGACAUCACUGCCCUGUUCAAAGGAGACAAGUGUAAGAGCCUGGUGGGCAAGCCCAAGAUCUUCAUACUACAGGCGUGCCGUGGGGACAAGCAUGACGAUCCAGUGACCCCCAUGGACGUGGUGGACAGCGUAGUGAAAACCAACGAGGUGGAGGUGGACGCUGGGGUGGUCUACACCCUCCCUGCUGGCGCUGACUUCAUCAUGUGUUACUCUGUGGCUGAAGGCUACUAUUCCCACCGCGAGACGAUCAACGGCUCCUGGUACAUCCAGGACCUGUGUGGGGCCAUGCGGAAGUUCGGGGAUUCCCUGGAGUUCACGGAGCUCCUGACCCUGGUCAACAGGAAGGUGUCCAUGAGGAGUGUCAGGAAUUGUAACGACAGGACCGCCAUCGGGAAGAAACAGGUCCCCUGCUUCGCUUCCAUGCUCACCAGGAAGCUCUACUUCCGACCCAAGAAGCAGUAAGGUUUCCAUCCACCGGACAGCUGCUACGUCAUUCCUGAAUCCUGCUGUAGUUGUUUUGAAUGUUUCUUGGGAGAAAGGUGGUCCUUGACUAUAUCUGGUGGUUAUUUUUGUUAAACAUUUGUCUACAUUAUUUCGAUGUUUGUCUUGAGGACCAUGAAAUGCACAAAUCAAGCUGUGCAUAUUCCCUUUAUUCUAAUCUUCUUUCCUAUGAAACCAAAUGGAGAUCAUGUCAUUUGCUGACGGUUGUUGACGCUGUUUUAUUUUAACAUUCUGUGGUGGCAAACCUGACCUCAAACAAAGCAUGUACUAUGCUGGUGAAACCUGCUUGGCUGCUCUGCUCGGCUUCAGGCUCUCCCUGUUGGUGUUGACUGAGGUCAUGGAAUGUACCUGCAGGGCAGGUAAAAGAGUGACAUGAGAAUGGUAAUUGAGCAUUAACAUUUCAAAUGACUUUAUUCUCAGUCUGUUUGUGGAUAGCUAUUUGUUAAGAGGGGAUUCUCAGUUAGUAAAGGAUUUUGCAUCACCAGUCCCUUUAGGCCUUUCUCGAGAGAAUACUGCUAAUUCUUAGCAUUGAGGAGUGGUUCCCUGGGCUUGAUUUGUUUACAUCAAAUAUACAAAGAAAUGUGCACAUUGUUUCAAGGAAGCAGUGGCUCUGGGGUUAAAUCCCUACCUUGCAUCCAAAAGGUGUGGCUUUGAUUGUUCUCUCUUGUGCAAGUUUUAGCAACUGUCGUUGUCCAACAGGAAGAAAAGUGCCGAGUGGGUUAAAGAGUGGGUGGCUCUGGGGUUGAAUGCCUUCCUUGCAACCAAGAGGAUGUGGAUUCAUACCACAUCAAUACUUUUGCCCUACUGUUCGCUACCUCAGUCCCAGAGCCAUGCGAUACCUUUGGCAGUGUUGCACAAGUUGAUUAUGGUUCAAACCUCACUGUAGUGUGUCUACGUUUCCACAACUGUAUAUGUCAAACAUGAAGAGAUAUGCCGCUGGCAUGAAGGAGGCCGUGGCUCUGGGGUUAAAUUCCUGCCUUGCAGCCAAGAGGAAGUGGGUUCAGUUCUCAUCUCUUGUCCUUUAGUCUACUGCACAUUUACGCAAAUGUCAAAAUAUCCAAGAUAAGUGUUAGUAGUGUGAAGGAGUCUGUGGCUCUCACCCAAAUAGCACAGGGUUGUGGGUUUGAACCUACUGCAUGACUCCAGCGUGUUUGGGUGGACAACAGGGCCUCUGCUGCAGAGCGAGUUAAGGCCACUAGAAGUGGUUGCCACAUCAAGAUGGCUGGAGAAUGGUGGCAUUGGUCCAAAGUAUGCAUUAAGCAGGGGGAUGUUAAUCCUGGGGUCCCUGAACAGUAACCAGCAGUGGUUAUGGGAAAAAUCCCUGGGGAAAAAGUAGACACUUAGUAUCUCUUGAAAUACAGGCAUCUACUUUUUUCAGGGAUUUUUCUCCAUAACCACUGCUGGUUACAGGGAUGUGAACCCCAGCUAUUAACCCUCAUCAGUCCUCCAUCCACAUCUGUGCCACCGAUUGCUUCACACUUCAACACAUAUUCAUAUGAUUGACAUCGACAUUGGGGAAACGUGAACUAAAUCACAAGAGUAAAGGAUUGAACCCACAUGAUCUUGGUUGCAGGGCUGAGAUUUAACCCCAAAUCCUUCACACUUGAAGUGCUUCUCUUUAUAUGUUAGACGUCGACAGUUACAGAAACUGUCAAUCAAGCUGUAUGGAUUGAACCCACAACCUCCAACCUAUAAGGCAGGGACCAAACCCCGUACCCACUGCCCCAUCUGGUCCUCUGUAGUCGACAAGAUGAAAAGACAGACAAUGAUGUGCCUCAUAAUAUGUUGCCUCCCCACUUAGACCUCUGAGCUUGUUCUGUCAAAAAGGGAAUUUGUGUUAUUUCUGUUUGUACUUGGAUGUGCUUAGCCUUUACAACUCAAAUGUAGUUUUCCAUGUUUUGAAAGCGGCAGGCUAAAACGUGAACAAACAACUCCAAUAUGGAAAGUACCUCAGGGAGUCAAGUGUCUAGUGUUUCAAUAGACGUUAAAGUAAACACUGCAAGUUUGGUCACAUGACCUACGGUACUACUACUGACUCAGGAAAACCAAAGUCAUAUACAUUGUUUACUGCCACUAUGGUAGUGCCUUUGUUUGGUAAUUCAAAUCAAUGGCCUUUUAAUUAACUAUAAAAAAAUAACAGCUUUUUACCAUUGUUCUUUUUUAUUGAGGGUAUUUGACAACUGUUUCAUCAUAAGAUCACUUUAUUGGUCAAUUACGCAUCUCUAACCGCUUGGCUACCUGCCGCCCCAAUAUUGAACAACUUUAACAGUACCAAUCUUUUUAAAUAGCAUUUUUUACACCACGUGACUACAGCCAUAUUCUUCAGCCAGAAAAGAUGCACAAGUAUUGCAUUAUAUAGCUCAGAUAAGACAUCUCAGAAUUCCAAACAACCAACCAUCUCAUGUUUCAAAAAAUAAAUCAUUGUUAGUCACGUGGAGAUAUUUACUAAAGCAAUGACAAUGCACGAGGUAUUACUCAUUUGUAUGUGAACCUGAGUGCUGGACACCAAUUCAUGUUUCUAUUUGUGUAUAAGAAAAUGAGGACUAUUUUAGUCUCCAUGGGUGAAUAUAAGGAACCAUUGCUUAGUAAGAGUAAUGUACUUUUCUUGUUAUGUGGUCCACCAGGGAAAUUUAUCUCUGACCUUUUGGGAGAUUGGGUUUGCACUAAUAGAAUUUGCACUAACAGAAUUUGCACAGGUGUGUGGGGCUCUUAUUGAAUUAGAAUCUCUCAUUUAUAAAAUGAAAGUUGUGAAACUGUUGAAAUAUGUUUGGGGUUUUGAUGAUUGAAACAAAAAGGUCUGAAUUGAGGUGCAAUAAAAUAUCGAAAUGUAA